CAAGCACAAACCUUUUUGAUAGGUCAACUGGCGUCGACGUCACUAUUCUAUCAAACGAGCGUCGCGUUCACUCGCAGCAUUGACUGGUGCGAGAGUUCUGAGUUGUGUGGCGUCGUGUCGCUUGCUUACACAUACGGUGUCCUUCAGUAUCGGACAAAAUAGUGGGUGAAAAAGUGCGGAGAAAUGCAUUGUGUUAGUGAAUCCAGACUUUGUCAUGCAUUGCUGAUGUAAGCUGAUCUGUGUUCAGUGUCUCUGAUGGAGCUGAAAGUUUGGGUGGAUGGAGUUGUACGAGUGGUUUGCGGACUGUCGGAAGAGACAUCAUGCCAGGAUGUAGUCAUUGCACUCGCUCAAGCCAUUGGCCAGACGGGGCGAUACGUUCUCAUUCAGAAAUUGAGGGACACUGAGAGACAACUUCUGGCCAAUGAGCGGCCAUUGGAGUCCCUGGCCAAACUGGGCCAACAUAGCAGUGAGGUGCAGUUCUUCCUGCGGCGGACUGGUCCCAGCAGCAGUGAGGAACAAAGUCUGCACAACCGCACCCUCCCUCACUCCAAGCCUUCCACAUCAGAACACAAACGGGGAUUACCGAAGAAAUCCUUAACCUUCAACUUGGGCCCUUCCUGUUCUCCUCGUACAAAAACUAAGGACUCUCGUAAAACACCCUCUCCUGAACAGAGGGCAUCCCCAGUUCCACACACAGCGUACCUUCCAGGGCCAUCUAAAGAGGAGGUGUUCCGGCACGUUCUCCAGCAGCAAGAGCAGCUACGUGCCCUCGAGUCCCAGCUGGUGGCUGUGGACAGGGAAUGCGAAACUUGGGACCAGACGUCUACAGAGGAGACAUCCCUGCAGGCAGAGAUGGAGGUUUUGGAAAAUACCUUGUGGAAGAACCAGCAAGAGUUGGUGGACGAAGAGUUCUGGGAGGAGGAAUUAAGGAUCGAGACAGAGAGGGAGCGUGGGAUGAAGCGCCGGUUAGGAGAACUGCAUGCUAAACUGGAUGAUUGCGGGCAGAAGUUGCAUGAAUUCAACACUCGUGCCAUGCAGCUUGAAAAGGACAUUCAGCGAGAAAUGCUACAGGUGGACGACUUGCCCAAUCAGUCCGAUUCGAAAGACUCUUUGGGGGUAGUCAAGGCAGAUCUUCAAAGUCGACAAAAGCAGGGGGAGGAGUUGGAAGCAGAGCUUAUAGAGCUUGAGAAGGCAUUGGGGAGGGCGGAGACUCUGCUGAAGGCAAAGCAGGAGGAAGUUGAGGAGUUGAAUAAGGAGCUCAGACAGUGUAAUUUACAACAGUUUAUCCAGCAGGCUGGAGCCCUGCCUACCCACACUCAAGCCCGCACAGACCUCAAUGAACACCCGAAAGAACUGGACCUGGCUCAACAACAGCAGGACAAUGAUUCACCCCCACGUCCCACUGCUAAGCAGUUCCUUGGUCACCCACGCAACCUGCAGCACCCCCUGGUGUCCAGCCUGAACCCUGAGGUCCUGACAUCCAGGGAAUCGUCUUGGCGGUAAUAAACCUGAAGCACAGGGCUAAGGAUUUAUAAUGACUUUCUGCUUGUAUUCAACCCCGCUGUCUUAACUGUCAUCAGUAUAUCCGCUUAUGUUAUAUAUAUCCUGUAUAUAUGAAUAUAUAUAUAUUAAUUAUAUAUUUACUACUUUUUGGUACAUUUCAAAACAUGUAUUUACUGUAAAAUAUUACCAGAUUUUAUCUCGAGAACUUUUACUUUUGUCUAUGUAUUUAAGUAUAAUAAAGACUGUGCAUUGUGUCUUA